AUGGUUGAGUGGACAACUGAGGAGCGCGCUAUAAUCCAGGGGAUCUUCUCCAAACUCGAUUAUGACACCGUAGGCCCAGAGAGCUUAGCAAGGUGUCUGAUUGUUUACCCCUGGACCCAGCGGUACUUUGGUAAGUUUGGAAACUUGUACAACGCGGAUACGAUCUUGGCAAACCCGAUGUUGGGAAAGCACGGCACUGUUGUUCUCCGAGGCUUGCUUACGGCCGUGAACAAUAUGGAUGACAUUAAGAACGCUUACACUCAACUGAGCGAACUGCACUCGGAGACAUUGCACGUGGAUCCCGGUAACUUCAGGCUUCUGGCUGAUUGCUUGACCGUGAUCGUUGCUGGAAAGAUGAAGGCGGAGUUUACGCCCGAGGUCCAGGCGGCGUUGCAGAAGUUCUUGUCUGUCGUUGUUUCAGCCUUGAGCAGGCAGUAUCACUGA